AUGUCUGGUCGUGGUAAAGGAGGUAAAGUUAAGGGCAAGGCAAAGUCUCGCUCAAAUCGUGCUGGAUUACAAUUUCCAGUUGGUCGCAUUCAUCGAUUGCUGCGAAAAGGCAAUUAUGCUGAACGCGUUGGUGCCGGCGCUCCCGUCUACUUAGCUGCUGUUAUGGAAUAUUUGGCAGCUGAAGUUCUUGAAUUGGCUGGCAAUGCAGCACGCGAUAAUAAGAAGACAAGAAUCAUACCCCGUCAUUUACAAUUGGCCAUCCGUAAUGAUGAAGAAUUAAACAAAUUGUUGUCUGGUGUUACAAUCGCACAAGGUGGUGUAUUACCAAACAUCCAAGCUGUACUUUUGCCUAAGAAAACAGAAAAGAAGGCUUAAACUAUAUCUUACAACACUAUUUCUUUCGAAAUUUUCGAACAACA